AUGCCGGGGGCCACUCCUGCGUGGUGCGAGUGGGAGCGCGCGCGCGCGCCUGAGCGUGUGUUGUUAGCUGAUAUCCAUGGUAGCUGCAGUGGCAGCGGCAGGGUCCGCGCGCGCCCGCGCGUGUCUGUGCCUGUGUGCGCGCGUACUAGUUUCAGACCCGUCGCAGAGUUCUCAGAAUUCCCCUCAGAGGAGCGUAAAGUUAGAGAACUGCAGACUGGUUUUUCUGUCAGCCGGGGAGGGGGAAGCAGCGCCCCGGCCUCGGGUGCAGACGGGAACUUAGCGGAGGCUUGGCUCGUGAAAGGCGAUUCCAGCCACCGAAGGGUAGGGGCUUCACUUGUCCACGUUAGAAAAGCGGGAAGAAAGGGACUGCGGGAUGGGGGUGGGGACGGCUGCGGUGAGCAGCCUCCUCAGAGAACUGGGCAGUUUCACGCGGGAUCUGCGGCGAGACCGCUGGGCACGCCCUCGCCGCGGGCGCCCUCAGAGCGGCCGGGCUGGGACGCGGGAGGAACCCUAAAAGUUGACCCGAGCAGACAACCUCCUGCUACCCUGAAGGAGAAGAAGCCUCCGAGGGUUGACAGAGCGGCAGAACAGGGGCUGGAACUCAGCUCGCUGGCCCGCCACCAGGCUCCUUUCCCUUCACCAAGUUUGCAGCCGGGAGGAGAGGCUACAGCACAACUGAAGAGGGAGAAGCCAUCUUGCCUCCAUGAUUGGACAAACAUGAAGAUAAAAGCUUCCCUGUGUGGAUGAUAGAGCAAAAUGAUAGAAGGGGCUCAGACUCCCUUCCUUCAGACUUCUUGAUAUGUGAGGAAAAUAAAAUGCUAUUGUAAGGUUAA